CGGUGGAGGCGGCGGCAGCUGCGGAGGCCGCGGCACCGGCACCGGGAGCGACAGCGCUGUUAGCGGCAGAGACAGCCGCACAGAGGAGGGGAGCUCCAUGCCCUGGCACCCAGCCGGCGGCGCCGCCUCCCUGACCACAAUGCCUCGCUAAGCCAGCCGGGUGCUGAGAGGAGCGAAGCUGAGUGCAUCCAUGGAGGGACCCCUGGCAGGAGGCCUAGUCACCCCUGAUCGUCCUCGAGGCCCAGAGAGACUGCCUGGUCCAGCUCCAAGGGAGGACAUCGAGGGUGGGGCCGAGGCUGCUGAGGGUGAAGGUAGCAUCUUCCGAUCUACCCAUUACCUGCCUAUCACGAAGGAAGGUCCCCGAGAUAUUCUGGAUGGCAGAGGUGGCAUUUCUGACGGGCAGCCCUAUCCUGGCCUCAGCGAAGCCCUUCCCCGUGCCACCUCCGCCACCCAUCGGAUCAGCAGCUGCUGCUGGAAUGGAGGCAGCCUGGACUUCCGGCCGGGCUCCCCACCAUCCCAUUUACUGGGUCCUUUUCCUGGCCCCCCUGAUGGCCAGGGGCCCUGGGAGCACCCCCUGGUCCAGGAGGCUGGGGAGGGCAUCCCAUCCGAGCAGAGGUUUGAGGACUCAGUCAUUGUGAGAGCCAUGAAACCCCAUGCUGAGCUUGACAGCUCUAGGAGGUUCUUGUACCACCAGAGUGAACUGAAGCUCUUAGAGAAGGCCCCCCAGGGCCACCCCAGGUUUGACUGGCUCCAAGACAUGGAGGAGCAAGGACCUCUGCGAAACACAGGGCUGCACCUGGACCUGCCUCCACAGCCACCUCCCCUAGCUUCCUUUAGGAGAGUGAUCGUGCCAGUGGAAGACACUCCCAAGACCUUGGACAUGGAGGUGGUAGACACCAGAGACCUCAAAGGGUUGGCCCAGCCCUCUGAGUGGGGCCUGCCCACAGCAGCCUCGGAAGUGGCCACGCAGACGUGGAUGGUAAACUCAGAGGCAUCCGUGGAGCGGCUCCAGCCUGUGCUGCCUCCCGUCCCAACAGGGCCCUACCUGUGUGAGCUGCUGGAGGAGGUGGCUGAUGGUGUGGCCAGCCCGGAAGAAGAGGAGGAGGAGGAGCCAGCCGUGUUCCCAUGCAUCGAGUGCAGCAUCUACUUCAAGCACAAGGAACACCUCCUAGAACACAUGAGCCAGCACCGCCGAGCCCCUGGCCAGGAGCCCCCCACAGACUUAGCCCCUCUGGCCUGUGGUGAGUGCGGCUGGGCCUUUGCUGAUUCCACUGCCCUGGAGCAGCACCGGCAGCUACACCAGGCCUCCCGGGAGAAGAUCAUUGAGGAAAUCCAGAAGCUGAAGCAAUUUCCAGGUGAUGAGGGCCGUGAAGCCCGGCUGCAGUGCCCCAAGUGCAUCUUUGGCACCAACUCCUCCAGAGCCUUUGUGCAGCAUGCUAAGCUGCAUGCACGUGAGCCAUCUAGUCAGCCUGCCAAGGAGCCUUUUGGGAGCAGCAGCAGGGCUGGAAGCCCAGGGCCUGAUGCCAGCACCCUUGUCUACUCACCUUAUGGAGGCACCUCAGGCCUCAGUGCCUGCAUCUUCUGUGGCUUUCCCGCACCCAGUGAAAGCCUGCUCAGGGAGCACAUGAGACUUGUGCACACCCAUCCCCACUGGGAAGAGGAUGUCGAGGCCUUUGGGGAAGACCCAACCAGCCAGCCAGGUCCUAGCCAGGAUGCAUACACCCGCUUCCCUGACGAUGCUGCUAUGGACUACUUUGGCAAAGCUGAGCCGCUCUUGGCCCCAGUAUGGCGAGAGAACUCUGCUGGAUACAACCCGGGCCUGGGCUUUGGCCCAGACUGCCCACAGCUGGGUACAAGGGAUUUCCCACUGUCUAAGCCACUCCCUCAUCACUCCAGCCAGAGGCCGCUUGGAAGGUUGGCCUUUCCCUCCCCACUGGCAUCUACCCCUUACCCCAUACAGCUCAGUAGAAACGGAAGCACUGUUCACCCACAGGGACUGGGGGACCAGAGGCAUCCUUGGAGCGAGGAGGAGGAGGAAGAUGAGGAUGUAGUGUUGACUUCCGAAAUGGAUUUUUCCUCUGAGAAUGGGGUCUUUCCACCCCCAACUACCCCCAGCCUCAUCCCUCAGCCAGCCCUAGAGCUAAAGCACACUUUCCAAGUUGUCCUACAGGCAGCAGAGGCCUCAAGGGCACAGCGGCAGCAGCUCCAAGGGAUGGUGCCCAUUGUGCUGGUGGCGAAACUGCAGCCACAAGUCAUAGCUGCAGCAGCCAGGGCACCCCCAAGGCUGCAGCCGGAGGAGUUGGGGCUAGGGAUCACCCACCCCCUGGAUUUCCUGCUCCUGGAUGCACCACUGGGUGGCCCACUGGGGCUGGACACACUCCUGGAGGGAGACCCGGGCAUGGCUCUGAAGAAUGAGGAGCGGAAAUGCCCCUACUGCCCAGAUCGCUUCCACAAUGGCAUUGGCUUGGCCAACCACGUGCGGGGUCACCUGAACCGUGUGGGCGUCAGUUACAACGUGCGGCAUUUCAUCUCUGCAGAGGAGGUGAAGGCUAUCGAGCGCCGGUUUUCCUUCCAGAAGAAGAAGAAGAAAGUGGCCAACUUCGACCCAGGCACCUUCAGUCUGAUGCGAUGUGACUUCUGCGGGGCAGGAUUUGACACAAGGGCUGGCCUUUCCAGCCAUGCCCGGGCCCACCUGCGAGACUUUGGCAUCACCAACUGGGAACUCACCGUCUCACCCAUCAACAUCUUACAGGAGCUGCUGGCCACUUCAGCAGCUGAGUUGCCCCCCAGCCCUUUGGGGCAUGAGCCUGGUGGGCCAGCUGCCAGCUUCCUGACUUCCCGUCGGCCACGCUUACCUCUUACUGUUCCCUUCCCACCCACCUGGGCUGAGGACCCUGGGCCUGCCUACGGGGAUGGCCUAGGUUCUGAGGAAAACACAAUGGUGGCUAUGGACUUGGGGUCCCCCUCGCUCCCUAAGAAGACCUUGCCAGUCCCUGGGGCUCUGGAGCAAGUGGCCAGUCGACUGAGCACCAAAGUGGCCGCAGAGGUUCCUCAUGGCAGCAAACAGGAGCUGCCGGACCUCAAGGCCCAGAGCCUGACCACCUGCGAGGUCUGUGGUGCCUGCUUUGAGACCCGGAAGGGUCUGUCCAGCCAUGCACGUUCCCAUCUGCGGCAGCUUGGAGUGGCAGAGUCAGAGAGCAGUGGUGCCCCCAUCGACCUCCUCUACGAGCUUGUGAAACAGAAGGGCCUGCCUGAUGGUCCCCUUGGGCUGCCCCCAGGCCUGGCAAAAAAGUCCAGCUCACCAAAGGAGUUGAUCGCUAGCUCUACCCGGCCUGGCCUGCUUAGCCUGGCCAAGCCCCUGGAUGUUCCUGCUGUCAACAAAGCCAUCAAGUCGCCUCCAGGCUUCUCAGCCAAGGGCUUGGCCCACCCACCCAGCUCUCCAUUGCUCAAGAAGGCACCUCUGGCUCUGGCGGGCUCUCCUACCCCGAAGAAUCCUGAAGACAAGAGCCCUCAGCUAUCUCUGAGCCCCCGGCCAGCCUCCCCAAAGGCACAGUGGUCCCAGUCUGAGGAUGAGGGGCCCCUAAACCUCACUUUAGAUAGUGACGGGGGCAGAGAGCUGGACUGCCAGCUGUGUGGUGCCUGGUUUGAGACCCGCAAGGGCCUGUCCAGCCACGCCCGUGCCCACCUGCGCCACCUGGGCGUCAGCGACCCGGACGCCAAGGGAUCCCCCAUAGACGUGCUCCACGGGCUCAUCAGGAGGGACGGCGUCCAGAUCCGCCUCCCACCCGGGCACGGCGCCCUGGCCCAGCUGGGGCGGCCUCCUUCCGCCUCCACAGCCCUCUCCUUGCUCCCCCCUCUACCGCCGGCCAAGAAGGCCAAGCUGAAGGCCGAGGGUAUGGCCAGCCCCUGGGGGAAGCAGGACCUCUCGGCAGCUGCAGCCGCCGGCAUUUUCUGGGCCUCUGAUGUGGAGCCGUCUCCUCUCAACCUCUCCUCCGGCCCAGAGCCAACACGAGACAUCCGCUGCGAGUUCUGCGGUGAGUUCUUUGAGAACCGAAAGGGCCUGUCAAGCCAUGCACGCUCCCACCUUCGGCAGAUGGGUGUGACCGAGUGGUACGUCAACGGCUCGCCCAUUGACACACUGAGGGAGAUCCUGAAGAGACGGACCCAGUCUCGGCCUGGUGGACAUCCCCACCCUCCAGGGCCCAGCUCAAAAGCGCUGGCCAAGGUGGUGGGCAGUGGAGGUCCUAGCAGCUCACUAGAAGCCCGCAGUCCUUCAGACCUUCACAUGUCACCCCUGGCCAAGAAGUUACCACCACCACCGCCAGGCAGCCCCCUGGGCCACUCACCAACUGCUUCUCCUCCUCCCACGGCCCGGAAGAUGUUCCCAGGCCUGGCUGCACCCUCCCUACCCAAGAAGCUGAAGCCUGAACAAAUGCGGGUGGAGAUCAAGCGGGAGAUGCUGCCGGGGGCCCUUCAUGGGGAGACGCACCCAUCUGAGGGUCCCUGGGGGGCGCCGCGGGAAGACAUGACACCCUUGAACCUGUCGUCCCGGGCAGAGCCGGUGCGCGACAUCCGCUGUGAGUUCUGCGGUGAGUUCUUCGAGAACCGCAAGGGCCUGUCGAGCCAUGCGCGCUCCCACCUGCGGCAGAUGGGCGUGACCGAGUGGUCCGUGAAUGGCUCGCCCAUCGACACGCUGCGGGAGAUCCUGAAGAAGAAGUCCAAGCCGUGCCUCAUCAAGAAGGAGCCGCCAGCUGGGGACCUGGCUCCUUCCUUGGCUGAGGAUGGGCCCCCUACAGUGGCCCCUGGGCCUGUGCAGUCCUCACUGCUACUGUCGCCCCUGGCUGGCCGGCCAGGCAAACCAGGAGCUGGGCCAGCCCAGGUUCCCCGGGAGCUCAGUCUGACGCCCAUCACUGGCGCCAAGCCCUCAGCCACCAGCUUCAUAGGCUCAGUGGCAGCCAAGCGGCCCCUGCAGGAGGACCGCCUCCUCCCAGCAGAGGUCAAGGCCAAGACCUACAUCCAGACUGAACUGCCAUUCAAGGCAAAGACCCUCCAUGAGAAGACCUCCCACUCCUCCACCGAGGCCUGCUGCGAGCUCUGUGGCCUUUACUUUGAGAACCGCAAAGCCCUGGCCAGCCAUGCACGGGCUCACCUUCGGCAGUUCGGUGUGACGGAGUGGUGUGUCAAUGGCUCACCCAUCGAGACACUGAGCGAGUGGAUCAAGCACCGGCCCCAGAAGGUGGGCGCCUACCGAAGCUACAUCCAGGGCGGUCGCCCCUUCACCAAGAAGUUCCGCAGCACUGGCCAUGGCCGUGAUAGUGACCGACGGCCACCCCUGGGGCUGGCACCUGGGGGUCUGUCCUUCGUUGGCCGCAGUGUUGGUGGGGAGCUGGGACCGGAGGCUGGCCGGGCAGCUGAUGGUGGUGAGCGGCCUCUGGCAGCCAGCCCACCAGGCACUGUGAAGGCUGAGGAGCACCAGCGGCAGAAUAUCAACAAAUUUGAGCGCCGACAAGCCCGCCCCCCAGACGCCUCCACAGCCCGGGGCAGCGAAGAGGCCAAUGACCUGCAUCAUAAGCUGGAAGAGGUGCGGCAGCCUCCACCCCGUGUCCGGCCAGUCCCCUCCUUGGUGCCUCGGCCACCCCAGACAUCACUCGUCAAAUUCGUUGGCAACAUAUACACCCUCAAGUGCAGGUUCUGUGAAGUGGAGUUCCAGGGCCCCCUCUCCAUCCAGGAAGAGUGGGUACGGCACUUACAGCGGCACAUCCUGGAGAUGAAUUUCUCUAAAGCAGACCCCCUGCCUGAGGAGCUCCCCGCCCCACAGGCACAGACAGCUUCGGCAGAGGCACCCUAACACAGAAGCAUUCCAGAUCUCUCCUCGUGCCACCUGUCCAUUUCUCCUCUGUGUCUUCUUCCCUCUCUUUCCCCUUUCUUUUCUGUUUCCAAAGGAGCAAGCCAAAACCUCAAACCGGUACCCCUCAGGGGCCGGGCACACUACAGCUGGGGUGCCAGGAGCCAGCUAGUCACCCUUCCCCCAGCCCAAGGACUCUGGGGCCACAGGGUGUCUUCCUCCAGUCCAUGCUCCCCAGUCCAGCAGGGGCUGCAGCCAAGUCCCUGGUGGCAGCUGAUCUGGUCACAGGAGGACAGCACCCUCCUGUGUCCAGCAGCCAGGCAGGGCUAUGUCUGCCAUCCGUGGCCAUUUGCAAAGACCCCAAAGACCCCUGUUCUGGUUCCCUCUUGCCCCCAUGCAGAUUGUCUCAUACACGCACAUGCAAACACACACCCUCGCACACAUACACACAUGCACCUCGUGAGACCCGGGAUCUACCCCAGACCCCCAGUUCCCACGUUGAACAACCACAUCACGCCACGGUGCUUGCUCAGGGGAAGCCUUGCUCCCUCUGCGGGCCUGCUGGGCCUGGGAGCCCCGACUGAGCCCACAAUGCCACGGAAAUCUUUGUUGGCUGCCCCCCAAAGGGGCCUUCCUAGCUGCGAAGAGCUCAGAGCUGACAGCUGCCUCCUGCCAUGUCAAGGCCCCCUCCCAGCCUCAGGGGCUUUGGGGCCAGGAGUGUGUGGUGGUGGGGUGGGACUCUUCUCCCCCGCCCCUGCCUCCCUCCCCUUUUUCACUAUUGCUUUCUAUGUAUAGCUCCCUAGACCUUUCACUUUUUUAAAAAUGCAUUUUGUGUAGAGAAGAAGGAACGUGGAUCUUUUUAUUUUGCAAUCCUAGGCCAGCUAGAUAACGGGAGCAGAUUGACCUUUUAACUUUUUUCAGUGGCCACCUUUUGGUUAUCAAUGUAUCUAGAAGUAUGUAAAUUAGAUUAAAUUUCUCUUCUGGAAACACCCUGGG